UAGGGCACAAAGAAACAAUGAAAGGCGGGCAGAGUGCAGCCCUGCAUCCUGGGGAACUUGCAUUCUACAUUACUGUCACCAUCUCUUUGCACCUUUAUGCCUUUCUGGAGCUCUACAAAGUCUCGAGAGAGUAUGAAGAUGACCUUGAUGCUGAAUUUGGAUUUGAGAAUGAAUUCGUGAUUUGGGGAUUUAAGAAGGAUCCAACAGACUUUGAAUGGAGCUUUUGGACAGAAUGGGGAAGGAAGCUGUUAUUGUGGAUGCUGCUUGGCCACAUCAUUGCAUCCCAAGUGACUGGUGCUUUUCUCCCAAAGUUUAGGGUAUGGUGUUUCAUGUUAUAUGGAAUGUUAGCCUGCUUAUUUACAGUAGGACCUAAAGGCUUGGCAAUGAUGCUGUUGCAUUUGUCCAUCUCCUACGCUGUGGCCCAGCUUCAAGUCGCUGGGCUUUCUUGGCUGUGCUCAAUACUACUUUUGUAUACCUUGCAAAUGGAAUCUCUUGAAAAAAUUCAGAAACGCUGGUAUGCGACUGAGAGUGAAUAUUAUCUGCUUUUGUUCUGCUUGGCUCUUUGCAAUCUGCGUUAUACAAGUUUCAGUCUGGAGUACUGCUGGCACCACACAAGUCUUCAUAGGCGCUGCAUGUCCUACUGUUGGCUGCUGGCUUACGUGUUCUACUACCCUGUAUUUCACAAUGGACCAGUCAUAUGUUACGAUGACUUCAGUAAUCAGAUUCGAAGAGCCGAGACAUUUGCUCCGAAACCUGACGUCUUGUUCCUAUUGCUGCGUGUAGUGCGUAUUUUCAUCUGGUGGUGGCUGAUAGAGUCCAUGCUCCAGCUAAUGUACAUUCAUGCCAUUCAACAUCAAGAAGCAAUUCUGGAAUCUGCCUCCAAUUGGACUUUGGGUGGCCUUGGAUUUGCUCAUACCCUGUUUUUUUAUCUGAAAUACCUGGUACUUUAUGGCAUUCCGUCAUUUGUCAUGCACACGGAUGGCCUUGAGGCACCCCGAUUGCCGAGAUGUACUAGCAGCUUGUACAGCUUUACCGGAACGUGGCGGGAAUUUGAUGUCGGUCUGCACCGCUGGCUGGUGAGGUACAUUUAUAUUCCAAUGGGAGGUUCACGGCAUGGCUCACUCAGAAUGAUGUUCUCGUCAGCCAUGGCCUUUAGCUUUGUGUACUACUGGCACGGUGGCCACGACUUCAUGUGGAAUUGGGCGGCUUUGAACUGGCUUGGAGUAAUGGUGGAGAGUUUCUUGAAAGGAAUCUGUUCAUUUCCACCAGCCCAGAAAAUCAUUGAGAGAUGUUUGUCAGCUAGGAUGCAACGCCGGGCACAUGCACUCUUUGCUGGUAUUGCCACAGCUCUUCUCUUUCUAUCCAAUUUGGUGUUUCUUUGUGGAAAUCAAGUGGGGACAAUCUACUGGGACAGAAUAUUUGUACAAGGGUGGCCAUGGGUAACCUUAGCUGUUCUAGGAUAUUUCUACUGUUACGCCCAUACAGGAAUCGAGAUUGAUCGAGUGCAGAAAUAGAUCUUCAAUCAAUAACUAUCUACUUUAAGAAAAUAUCAUUCUGAAAAAUGAUUGCUGGCUGCCUUUGAACCAAUGGAUACCACUGACCUUAAAUAUAUCUCUUUGAAGUCUGCCUUUUGAUGGUUCUCACCAGGUGUUUCAGUGAUAUUCACUUUUGCCAUUUAUGUGAAUUGUUUUGGUGCAUUCAAAUUUUUUUGGGUGAGUUUUAAGCUCCCUGCAAACGAAAAUGCUCAUUGGGCACUGGUACUUUGCAUUUGGUACCAUUCAAUGUAAAAAUCCCGCCAUGCGUUGUCACAAAACGCUUCAAUCACAACUCCACUCUGUUCCUAUUAAGCCUGCAAGUCAAAGAUCUAACAGGGUGAAUAAUCAUAGCUAGACAAGCAGCAGAAAGCUUGCGGUUUGUAGUUGAACUCCACCAUGUCCCAAUGCACACUUUGGUGCAUCCAAGACUUGGCUCUUGGCAACCUCAUCUAGUAUUUUCCAGGAUUAGGUGAGUGGUGUUCUCUGUGGAAAAAGAAACACUCUAUGCCAAACACAGGGAACACGCAUAUGUGGAACAUUGUGCGAACAAAGUGCUCAGAAAUCUUUCUCUGCCUAAAUUGAUGCAACAGUAUAAUUUCCCUUCCUCUCACAUUCAUCAUUCUACUUAAAAUAAAAAUCCAUAUCAAAUCAGCAAGUGUGAGCCGUGAAUGGUAAAUUGUAAACAUGGCAGUGAUAUCUAUUGAGAUCACACCAGAACUAGGAAAUUCAAGCAGGGCGUUCAGAGAGUUAACGAUCACUGUACAUAACACAUGUUGGUCAUUUGAUGCUGCACUGAGCUUUGUGUUGUGGGCUUGAAUCCAUCUACAAAUUAAAAUUUAAUCACUCUUCAGCACCCCCCACCCUCCUUUUCUAUAACUUUGAAUAGAAGGAAGUGACCCUUUUUUUCCUUCCAUCAUUGUGGUUUCUGUUUAUAUCAAGGACCAGAAGGUACAUCGACACCUUGCUUCACCACAUGGUAUUUUGCAAUCUAAAUAUUGAAACACAUAACUGUUGUCUUAAUCACCUUGGUGCAAAAGCACCCCAAGAAUAAAAAAAUAGACAAAUGCAUCUGAAAAGUGAGAAUGUGUUUCAUUUGAACAUGCAAAUAAUGAAUAGUUCGUCAAUUUAAACAUAAAUGCUAAAAA